AACAACUCUUCAUCCUGCGAGCUGAGAAAGAAGACUCUCUCACGAUGACUGGAGAUCAGCGCUUUGUAAUAAGCGCCCGCAUCAUUGGAGCCGUCCACAGAGACACACCAAAACUCAAGAUGUUCAUGCUAUGUCUGCUAUGGUCUGAUGGGGCUGAGGUGAUAAUCUACAGAUCUUUCCAGGAUUUUAAGAAAUUUCAUAGGCAGCUGAAAAAGAGAUUCCCUAACUUGAACCCUUUCCGUAAAAGCGACAGAGUGAUCCCCAAAUUUCAAGGAAAGGCCAGGAGGAACAGCCUGCAGCAGAAAAGUUCCAGGCGCUCUAUCCAGCGCAUGAAGUUUUUGGAGAGCUACUGCGAGAAACUGCUCAAGUGUGACCAGACGGUGACUCAGAGCUCGGAGGUCACGCAGUUCUUCACACCCAAAGACCAGGACCUGCAGCCUGACUUCACCAAGAACAGCGUCAUGAUCAUGCUGUCUGAUGGUCUGCCUGACGACUCCGGCAGUGGAGGAGGGGUUUCCACCCCUCAGACUGCAGGCAGUGUCAGCCACCCGUUGGUCACCCAGACGCACCGCUGCGUGGCCGCCUACGAGACGAAGGACACCAACAAUCGUCCAUUCAAGGUCGCUGUGGACGAGAAGCUGGACGUACUGAUCAAAGACCAUGCCGGAUGGUGGAUGGUGGAAAACGAGGAGAAGCGCCUGGCCUGGUUUCCCGCUCCCUAUCUGGAGCUAUGGGAGGCAGAGGAUGAUGAUGAUGACGUGGACAACGCCCAAUUCCAGCUUGGAGGUUCCCUGUAUUGUGCGGUGAGGAAUUACUCCACUAAGAAGGAGGAUGAGGUGUCUGUGCCCCUCGGCUCCGUGGUGGAGGUGCUGAGGAAGUCUGACAAUGGCUGGUGGCUCAUCAGAUUCAAUGGCAAGGCAGGUUACAUCCCCUCCAUGUACCUGAGGCCAUACAACAACCCACGUACUGGUCUUUUCAACUUGCAGAGGAAGAUGUAUAGCUCUACUUUCAACCUGGCAUCCAGCAGUGCACCUCAGGCCUCUUAUUUACACGACACCAACCCAGAAAGGGAUUCUGCAGGUCAGUACAGGGGUGAGACCGCCGCGCCUGGGCGGUUACUCAAGGCUCAAUCUCUGGACGUCCUCUCUGAGACCUGGUCCCAGCCACAGACGGAGAGAGACUCUCUGACCACAGACGGGCGCGUGCGUAACAUGAGCAACGCCAGCAACGAGUCCAGCCUGUCUGGCUUCUCCUCAAGCAGUGGAUCCAGCCACUCGGACUUGGACAGCUCCACUAGCCCCACUGCAGCCUCACGCCAGACUAACGUCAGGGACAGUGGGCACAGUAGCCCUGAGCUCAGCCUGUCCAAUGGCCGCAGCUUUAGCGUUGGCUCCGAGGGCUCUGGAUCGAUUGGGUCAGACGGAAGCGGGGGGGCUCCGAGGGUUCCACCCAGACCAAAGACUGAUGAGAUCCUGACCCGCUGCACCACCAUGACCCGCAAAGCAGCCCUGGCCUCCCAGAGGCAGCUUAGAAUUCAGCCACAGACCAAUCCAAGCUGCAGUCGCUGACAGUAUACAAAACCCAACUGAUGCAUCUAUCUAUUUCCUGUUUAUUGAAAAUGUUGAGAUUUUAUUAUGCAUUCAUGUAAACGCAUUUAACUUUUGCAGCCAAACACAACUCUCCAUGGGUCUAUAAUUAAAUGUGUAUAUCAUUGUUUGCACAUUUAUUCUAAAUCCUUGGAGACAUAUGACUAAUGUAUUUGACUUAUGUAGCUUCAAUGAAGCACUGUCAGGAGCAAGUAAAAACAAAUUGUUUAAUAUUUCCUCUAGCUUUAAGCUUGAAUAAAACAAAAUCAAGCAGUGCGAUGAAGUCGAGGAGAUUACGUAUUUACACAAUAUAUUGUUUACCUUUUUUCUCUUUAGCAACACUAAAACUGAAAAUAUAUCGUUUACCUUUUGUUUGAGGUAGCACUCCUAGCAAUACCUUACCUUUUUAGCUAAACAUUCAAAGUAUAUAUACUGCUUAUAAAUACUUUCUGCUGACGGACUUGAGGCCUGCCACAGAGCAGCCUUGUGAACUGCAAUUGUGAACGUUUGACAAGUUCUUGUGAUCAACUUCCAUAUGUGCCGGGUGUGGUGAAGGAGCUGUGCAGUAUGUACUGCAUUAAGCUUGUAAGAGUUCACAGUUCAUCCCCAAAACAUGUAUGUA